GACCUCGACUACGCCGUCGCGUACUUCGACCUGGCCGAGUGCUUCGAGUACGUGACCCACGUGAAGGCCAAGGCGUGGGGGGCUGGGCCACGCUGGGGCUUCAACCGCAUCACCCUGAUAAUGGUCCUGAGGAUCUAUCCCGCGGUGCGGGUGAUCGCCCUGGAGGACUGCUGCGCGCAAGGGGGCCGAUGGGCGCGAUGCAUCGUCGCUGGCAACCGCUUCGCGCCCUUCUGCCUGCAGACCGUGAUCCUCGUCGAGCUGGACGGG